AAGGAGUGCACAGACUGGCUGCCAGAGCCAGCAGCAGACACGUGCUGCAGGAGGACCCAUUGGAUUUACUUUUUUUUUUUUUCUCUCCUCAUACGGACCUGAUUUACUGACCUGAAUACAGCCUGAGAGGUUGAGGUGGAUGAGAUUGGGGAAGCCUUUUUCUGUGUUCAGGACCAGGAGCAGCUGUUUCUUCUAAAAUCGUAGUAGUGUCCUUUAAAGAGAGUUUCUUCACCUUACCAUAAACACUAUCUCAAAGGCCCCAGGAUGCGAUCGACCCCCUUGCUGCUCUUUGUCUCGCUGCUGCUGCUGCUUAUGGUUCCACUCAGUGAGCUGAAGAAACCCGGUAAAGGCCGCGGCCUCAAGGGAGCGAGGCACAAACUCACCCGGGACAGGGUUCGAACUCAAGGGCGUCACAGCAGGUCCAGCUCUGCAAGACGUCUUGCGCCUGACUGCACAGAAUCCACAGAGUCAGGAGGUUUCUUUGUGGACUGUCAGGAACAUCACCUUACCUCCAUCCCUGCUGCACAGGUUUGGUCCAAAGAACCAAAGCAUCUCCUUCUAGCCCGAAACCGGAUAAAAGCCCUGCGUGACAAUGCCUUCUCAGGGUACGAGGCUUUAAUCAGUCUGGACUUGCAACAGAACCAAAUCUUUUUAGUGGAAGAAGGAGCUUUCCAGGGUCUGAAACACCUGACAACACUGCUACUGCAGCACAAUCGUCUGACCACACUGACCGAGGAGACCUUUCUCCCGUUGCUCAACUUAAGAUACAUGCGCCUGCACGACAACCCCUGGACGUGUCUCUGCACAAUGGACGGCUUCAUCCGUACCCUACAAGUACCAAGCAAUCGAUAUCUAGGGAACCAUGCUCGGUGCGACGAGCCCCUGGUGCUUAAAGGACGGAAGUUGAAACAGAUCGAUCCAGAUUUGCUUUGCAGGCAGGAGAAUGCGACAAGCGGUUCAGCCACCAACCAAACAUCUGCGACAGGCCCAGCACAGCCCGUUCCUUUUCGAUCCAAACCUGAUGCCACCACAUCCUGCCACACUUAUCUCUUCCCGCAAGUACGCAUGGACUGCAGGAACCGAGGCCUGACUGAAGUUCCAACGGGAAUCCCAGCUGAGGCCGUCCACAUCGACUUGUCCAACAACAAGAUCAGCCACCUAAAACCCAGAGACUUUCAGGGAGCCAAAAGCUUGAAAACACUGAACCUGAGCAGCAACAGCAUGGAGCGUCUGGAAACUGCUUCUUUGUUUGGCCUCCUGCACCUCCGCGAGCUGGAUCUGUCUAACAACAACCUUCACUUUAUCCAGCACGGGGUUCUGGAAGACCUGUACUUCCUGUCACAGCUGACACUCGAGGGGAACCCUUGGGUGUGUGACUACAGCAUUCACUACAUGGUCUACUGGCUGCGUCUGCAUCCUGGGGUGAGACACUCUGGUCUGCGGUGUCGCUCGCCGAUUGAACAUGUGGGAGAACGUGUGGAGCUCUACGUCAACUCUUACAACCGAGAUUGUCCCCAAGACCGACAACCUAGUCCACCAGAGAGCAGCCAGACAGACUCUGAGCCGUGGAACACACCUCAGGAGCUGCAGGGAGAACAGGAGGAACUAGAACCCAGCCACUUGAAGAUGCCACGGAAGUAUGAGCUCAUCCAACUGUUUUGAACUUCAGCAUCUUUUGACUCCCUCGUUUUUCUCUUGUUACUAAUACUAAAUGAUCUGUAUCAGAUGUAGAGUAUCCUGUCAUUGUGUCCUAUGUUUGUCAAAGAUGUUUACUAAGUAUAAAA